CUGUAUUAGUAGCGUUAACUAGGCCUACUAAUACUAUAGUAAUAUUAGUAGUAGCACUGAAAUUGAGUGAUACUAAAGUUAGAGGUUAGUGCAAUAGUGGUGCUGUCCAUAACUCUGUAGUUUGUAGGGACUACCCCCCGUAAAACUAAAAGCAAAAGAACAAAAACAUCAGUUUAGGACACCUAUGUUACCUGAAUCAGUGAAUGCGUAUGCCAAUCAAAUCAAAUUCGUGGCAGGAAUUUAGGUUCAAAAAUCUUUCAGGUCACAUAAUUAUUUUGGGGGCAUGAAAGACAACCCAGUGUGGUCAGAAACAUUUGUCCCUCAAGCUUACAAAGUUAUAUUGAACUUGAAGUUCUAACUUUCAGAAAAAGGAACACCCCCUAGGAUUUCUCAGGGGACAGGAACCAUCCAUAAGUUUGCAGAUGGUUGGCAACCCUGACUCUUAGAAUAGAUACAAAAUUGUACAAGUAACCAGAGACAUACAAGCCUAUCAAGUCUACCUUAAAUUUUUUCCAUGUGGGUUUCACAUCUUCGUGGAAUUGAUCACAUCUACUUGGUUGUGCACCGAGUAAAUAAUUUUGGUUUUCCUCAAGAAAAAGAAGAGCUUAAAGAUAAAUUAGAAAAACUAGCAGAAGAGAUUUAUUGGACUAAAGGGCUUGAAGUUUGGUCAUAUUUUACUGGGUUUGAGAAGUUGUCUCUGAAAGAACUGAUAAAUUAUCACCCAGCUCUUAAUGAAUCUUCAGUAUCCAUAAGUUCCACUUCUGAACAGGAACAUGGAAAUUGUAUCCCAAAAUUUCGAGUCACCUGUUAUCGAACAGGGCAAAACCACAAUUUUACAUCGAUGGAUGCAGCAGCAUAUUUUGGGGGUGGUAUUAAUGAUCGCUUUCACUGGAAAGUUGACAUGAAGAACCAUGACAUUGAGAUUAUUCUGAACAUAGAAAAUGAUGAUCUUUAUGUGUGUAUUGCUCUGACAAAGACUAGCUUACACAAAAGAAACCUUCAGCACUUUGGUCCAACGUGUCUCAGAGCAACAGUUGCUUAUAACAUUUUACGAUUAUGUGAAAUCAAGCCAGGUGACAUUGUCUGUGAUCCAAUGUGUGGGGGAGGAUCUUUACCUAUUGAGGGUGUGUUGAGCUGGCCCGAGGCCCAUCACAUCUGUGGAGACAACCAUGAUUUGGCUACUCCAAGAACUAAACAAAAUCUUGAAGCUGUAAAUCAAGAAAUGAAAGAAAUAGGAAAAAAAAGACAGGUAGUUGAUAUAUUUAGGUGGGAUGCCACACAGCUUCCUAUAAGAGACCAUUUUGUUGAUGUUUUUGUGACAGAUUUGCCAUUUGGAAGAGGCUUGGCUCCAAAGCAGACAAUCGAGUUUUAUAUCCAAAAAUACUGGAACAAAUGGCUAGAGCUUCUAAACUGGAAAUGGGAAGAGCAGUUUUACUAACUCAUGAUAAAGUUUCUUUGACAAAGGCAAUUUUUCGACAUAGAAAGCUCUGGCAUCAGGCAAGAGUCGUUGGAGUCAACAUUGGUGGCCUUGCAGCUGCUGUGUUUAUCCUGAAACGUACAUCAAACUUAUCUUGAUGGUUGCUAGAAGUUGUU